AGCAAUUCCAAGCCGCGACCGCGAACACACCCACCCACGCACACAAUCCAAGACUGCCCCUGCCCCGGCCGCAGCGAAACAGAAAGAAAAAGAAAGACCACCCCGGCCGCCACCCGCAGCCCGCUGAUGGAGAGCCCCCGCGACGCCCACCUCUCGCCGUCGCCGGAGGCCGCGCGGAUGCUGCACGAGAUGCUGCUCCGGGACCUCCGGGAGGCGGAUGGGCCCGAUCUGCCGGAGGAGCAGCUGCGCUCCAACGACCAGCUGCAGCAAGACGAGAUACUGGCACUUGAGGCAAUUUAUGGAGACAAUUUGGAUAUUUUUGGUGAGAAGUCUGUACCACGCUCCUUCCAGAUCUAUGUGCACUGUGAAAUUCCAGAUGGUAUCAGUGUGUCCACAGAACUCCAGAGUGUUGAUGAUUGCCCAGACAACCAGUUCACAUUCAGUGUCAAGCACUUGGCUCCAAUAUCACUGACAUGCCUUAUGCCUCCAUCAUACCCGAGCCAUCAUCCUCCAUACUUCUCCCUCGGUGUCCAGUGGUUGGAUAGUGUGAAGGUCUCGACCCUUUGUCACAUGCUUGACUCGAUUUGGGCACAACAGUCUGGACAGGAAGUUAUUUUUGAGUGGGUGCAGUGGCUGCAGAGUUCUACGCUCUCUCAUCUUGGUUUUGAUGGCGGGAUAAUCAUACGCAAGUCUGACAGUACGAUGGCUUCUGUGGAUGCUCGUGUUAUUGGAGAGAUUCUGUCUGUAGAGGAUGUUGUUCAACAGUUGAUCAGCUAUGAUGAAGAGCAAUGCCUUGAAACAUUUCGUCGUGGCCUCCAUGUCUGCACAAUUUGUUUCAGUGAGCACCCAGGCAUCGACUUCGUAGAACUUCCAUGCCGUCAUUACUAUUGCUGGAGGUGCAUGGAGACAUACUCAAAGUUGCAUGUCAAGGAAGGAUCAGUCCUGAAAUUGGUGUGCCCUGAUGACAAAUGUGGAUGUUCUAUUCCUCCUAAACUAUUGAAGAAGUUGCUUGGAGAUGCAGGUUUUGAACGGUGGGAAAGAUUGGUAUUUCAGAAGACUCUAGACUCAAGGGCUGAUGUAGCUUACUGUCCAAGAUGUGAAACAGCUUGCCUGGCAGAUGAGGACAGCGCCCAGUGCUCCAAUUGCCUCUUCACCUUCUGCGUCCGCUGCAGAAAUCGUCGCCAUGUAGGGGAGAGAUGCAUGACUCCAGAAGAAAAACUUAUUUCUGUACAGGAGCGUGAGAAGGCACGCAACUUGAGCAAAGGCAAUGCUGGACGUAAAGUCUCUGCGAGUGAUAUAUUUAGCAUCAAGGAAAUACUCCGUUCUUCUGUUAUGUGUCCGCAUUGUGGCUUUGCCAUCUCACGCGUGUCAGGCUGCGACCAGAUGCUUUGCAGAAACUGUGAGAAGUCGUUCUGUUAUGCCUGUGGCAAGCCAUCAAGUCAAGGUCAUACAAGUGAACAAUGCAAAAUCGAUAGGGAGAAGCUAAGAGUGAAGGUAGAAGUGAAUGAUGUUGUCAGAAACAUGCAGAAAGAGCUGAAACUGGCACUGUCCAGAGCGCAUCCGUGCCCGGGUUGCCGCCAGCCGAAUUUCAAGGUUGGGAACAACAACCACAUCUUCUGCGAGACAUGCCGGGUUCAUUACUGCGCUCUGUGCCACACGGUGGUGCGAAAGAGCAAGGAGCACUACGGCCCCCGAGGGUGCAAGCAGCACACUGUUGACCCCGACUUCGUCUAGAGAGGCUGGACCAAAGAAGAGCGACGAUCAUGAAUCAGACUUUUUUCAUGAGAUGAUGCCAGGGCGAGCACUGGUUUUGGCUAAUGUCAAACAGGUUUUUGUCCUCUGCCGUUUAACAGUUUCAGAUAGUAUUGACAGUCACACUUACAACUCUCUUUUUUGAAACCGAACACCGUAGAUCAUCUUGUUUUUACAUCGAGGAUCGUCAGUUUUGUGCGAGAGGUUUAUAGCAGCAAAGCUUGCUGGAUUUCAGUAUAGCACAACGUUUCCAAAUAUUAAGGCCGCGGCACUUUUUAUUGUGAAAGAGAAAAGGAAAGCUAAUGCGUUGCUUCCUUC